AUGGCACCCCUCAAGAAGCGCCGCCUCGCCCUGGGCUGCGAAGGGUCGGCCAACAAGCUCGGCAUAGGCGUGAUAGCCCACCCGGCCGACGGCCAGCCGGGCUCGGCCGCCGCCGUCGUCCUCUCCAACGUCCGCGACACCUUCAACUCGCCCCCCGGCACGGGCUUCCUGCCCAAGGACACGGCCGCGCACCACCGCGCCUUCUUCGUGCGCGUCGCCCUCGCCGCCCUGCGCGACGCCGGCGUCCGCGACCCCGCGGCGGAGCUCGAGUGCGUCGCCUACACCAAGGGCCCCGGCAUGGGCGCGCCGCUGACGGCCGUCGCCGUCGCCGCGCGGACGCUGGCCCUGCUCUGGGGCUUACCUCUGGUCGGCGUGAACCACUGCGUCGGGCACAUCGAGAUGGGCCGCUCCAUCACGGGCGCCGACAACCCCGUCGUGCUGUACGUCUCGGGCGGCAACACGCAGGUCAUCGCCUACGCCGAGCAGCGCUACCGCAUCUUCGGCGAGGCCCUCGACAUCGCCGUCGGCAACUGCCUCGACCGCUUCGCCCGCACCCUCGAGAUCAGCAACGACCCGGCGCCCGGGUACAACAUCGAGCAGCUCGCCAAGAGGGGAGGCCGCGUCCUGCUCGACCUGCCCUACGCCGUCAAGGGCAUGGACUGCUCCUUCUCGGGCAUCCUCACCUCGGCCGACGAGCUCGCGGCGCAGAUGCGCGCCGGCAACAAGACCAAGGACGGCGACGACAUCACGCCCGAGGACCUGUGCUUCAGCCUGCAGGAGACCGUCUUCGCCAUGCUCGUCGAGAUCACCGAGCGCGCCAUGGCCCACGUCGGGAGCACCCAGGUGCUCAUCGUCGGCGGUGUCGGGUGCAACGAGCGGCUGCAGGAGAUGAUGGCCGCCAUGGCCGCCGAGAGAGGGGGUAGCAUAUACGCCACAGACGAGCGAUUCUGCAUCGACAACGGCAUCAUGAUUGCCCACGCCGGUCUGCUGGCCUACGAGACGGGCUUCCAGACGCCGCUCGAGGACAGCACUUGCACGCAACGCUUCAGGACGGACGAGGUGCACGUGAAAUGGAGGGAUUGA